GGGCUUUGCCUUAUUAGGGCUUUCAACGGUUGAUAUACACGCGUUUGCUUCUCAUCCGCUUCUCUCUCUGGCUCGCUUCCUCCCUUCUUCGCUCGCUCUGCUCAGCAAUCAUGAGCACCGCUAUAGGCAGGAAGAUCAAGAUCGGUAUUGAAGGAUGUGGAAGUCUUAAUCUUUUUCUUAGAAGGCUCGCUCCCCACAGAGCAGAUACUAAGACCCUUCCGGCACUGCCCUACCUCAUUUCAAAGCAGGAUCAACAAAGACAGGAAUCUGGUGGUGUAAAGUCUUUGAGGAUGCUUGCGCUCCUUGGUGCAGGUGUAUCAGGACUUCUAAGUUGUGCAACAGUAGCUUAUAAUUCUGAUGAGGCGGAACAUGGCUUGGCUUGUCCUAACUAUCCUUGGCCUCAUAAAGGGGUUCUUAGCUCAUAUGAUCAUUCAUCGAUUCGCCGGGGUCACCAAGUGUACCAACAAGUAUGUGCAUCUUGCCAUUCAAUGUCUCUAAUUUCAUAUCGUGAUCUCGUGGGUGUUGCAUAUACUGAAGAAGAGACAAAAGCCAUGGCGGCAGAGAUUGAGGUGGUUGAUGGGCCUAAUGAUGAGGGUGAGAUGUUCACCCGUCCAGGCAAGCUAAGUGAUCGUUUUCCUGAGCCAUAUGUGAAUGAACAAGCAGCAAGAUUUGCUAAUGGAGGGGCGUACCCUCCUGAUCUAAGUCUUAUCACUAAGGCCCGUCAUAAUGGUCAGAACUAUGUAUUUGCUCUUCUGACUGGUUAUCGUGAUCCUCCUGCUGGUGUUAUGAUAAGAGAUGGCCUUCACUAUAAUCCUUACUUUCCUGGUGGUGCUAUUGCUAUGCCCAAAAUGCUCAAUGAUGGUGCUGUGGAAUAUGAAGAUGGUACCCCUGCAACAGAGUCCCAGAUGGGGAAAGAUGUUGUGUCAUUUUUGGCAUGGGCUGCUGAGCCAGAAAUGGAAGAGAGAAAACUGAUGGGAUUUAAAUGGAUCUUUGUGCUGUCGCUUGCACUUCUUCAAGCUGCUUAUUACAGACGCUUGAGAUGGUCAGUCCUCAAGUCUCGAAAGCUGGUUCUUGAUGUUGUCAACUAAGCUCAAUACCGGGUGUUAGAGGAAACGAAAUUUAGCAAUAGUGGUUGUAGAUGAUUUUGUUACUCAAUUUUUAUCGUAUGUUGAGAUGACCUCUAGAGUUGAAUGCUGGAUAAGCAAGAGUCUGCAAAGCAAUUGUGUUUUUGUUAAGAGAAUAAUAAGCGGCUCUUAUACAUUGUACACCGUGUUUGUUUGUUAUUGAUAUUAUUUACUCCACUCAUUAACAUUGUAAGUUGUUUUAGGCACAAAGAAUUAUGUUCUUUAUUAUUUGCC